CCUGCUUUAGCUUGUCAGAGGUUAGGCUUUGUAGGAGCAAUCGUGGUGACACGUUACUUGGGGGGUGAUGAUGGGGGUUACCUUAUUUUUGCAGGGUGAAUUCAAGUCAGAGCCUUCCUCUGAGGACACGCUACCAGGACGAACCAAUCUAGGUUGGGCAUCUGUAGCGUUUAGCUGCCAGGUGUACCUUCAGAUGAAGUGGCCGCUUCUGGACGUUCCGGCUGGCGCUACGCUGAAAGACAGCAGAUCUCCAUCACCGGCACACUUGUCGAACAAAGUGCCGGUGGUGCAGCAUGCGCAUCACAUGCACCCGCUGACCCCCCUCAUCACCUACAGCAACGACCACUUCUCGCCGGGCUCGCCGCCUUCCCACCUCUCGCCAGAGAUCGAUCCAAAGACGGGAAUUCCACGACCACCGCACCCUUCAGAACUGUCUCCGUAUUAUCCGCUGUCUACCAGUGCUGUCGGCCAACUCCCCCAUGCAUUGGGCUGGCUGGUACCACAGCAAGGACAGCCGGUGUACUCCAUUCCUCCCGGGGGAUUCAGACACCCGUACCCUGCCCUAGCUAUGAAUGCUUCGAUGUCCAGUCUGAUGUCCAGUCGGUUUUCCCCCCACAUGGUCCCGCCUCCCGCCCAUGGCCUGCACCCCUCGGGAAUCCCACACCCCACCAUCGUCUCCCCCGUCAUCAAACAGGAGCCUACGCCGGCCAGCAUGAGCCCCGGAGGGAAUUCGAAAUCCCCCGUCACUGUGAAGAAGGAGGAGGAGAAAAAGCCCCACAUAAAGAAGCCGCUCAACGCGUUCAUGUUGUACAUGAAGGAGAUGAGGGCCAAGGUGGUGGCGGAGUGUACGCUGAAGGAGAGUGCGGCCAUCAACCAGAUCCUGGGACGAAGG